AUGUUCCUGAAUAAGUGCGAAGGGGACCUGGGCGAGCUGCGGAAGCUGGGGGACAGCGAGGGGACCCCUCCGGCUGCCGCCGAGGAGGAGCAGCCCAAGAAGAAGCACCGGCGGAACCGCACCACCUUCACCACCUACCAGCUGCACGAGCUGGAGCGCGCCUUCGAGAAGUCCCACUACCCCGACGUCUACAGCCGCGAGGAGCUGGCCAUGAAGGUCAACCUGCCGGAGGUCCGCGUGCAGGUCUGGUUCCAGAACCGGCGAGCCAAGUGGAGGCGUCAGGAGAAGAUGGAGGCCAGCUCCAUGAAGCUCCACGACACCCCCAUGCUCUCCUUCAACCGGCCGCCCAUGACAGCCAACGUGGGGCCCAUGAGCAACUCCCUCCCGCUCGACCCGUGGCUGACGUCGCCCAUCUCCAGCGCCACCCCGGUGCACAGCAUCCCCGGCUUCAUGGGGGCCCCCCAGGCCCUGCAGCCCCCCUACGGUGGGCACUCCUUCCUCAACACCCCCCCGGGGAUGGCGCAAGGCAUGCAGCCCAUGGCCCCCGCGCCCUACCAGUGCGGCCCCCCCUUUGUGGACAAGUACCCACUGGAGGACGUCGACCAGAGGAGCUCCAGCAUCGCCUCGCUCCGCAUGAAAGCCAAGGAGCACAUUCAGACCAUUGACAAAACCUGGCAGCCCAUUUGA